AUGGCAGAAGGGAAAAGGAAACUGGAUUUACAACCGUUUCGGGUGGACUGCAGCGACCACAUAGCAACGGGCGAGGCUUGGAGUGAUUGGUUAGAUGACUUUGAGAGGCAGCUUCGAUACUUUAGAAUUACAGAAGAUGAUGACAAAACGGACGCUUUACUUAUCUACGGCGGGCCAGAGGUAAAAAGGCUAAGUAGAAGUUUAGAGGAUCCGGAGAAAAGUACAAAUUAUGAGAAACUGUCAAGUAAGUUGUCUGAUUACUUUUCACCUAAAACGAACACACACUAUUGCAGAUAUUUAUUCUUCAAGAUGCGUCUCAAUAGCAGUGAAAAUACUGUUGAAUACGCUGCAAGGCUACGAGAUAAAGCGCUGCAAUGUGACUUUGUAGAUACAGAUAAUCGCAUUCUUGAGCAUUUGUUGCAAACAACAAGCAAUGCCGAGUUCAUACGGAAAGUUAUUCACAGGAAAUGGACUCUCCAAGAAGCACUUAGUGAUGCGCAAAUCAGUGAAAGCACUAGUAUCCAGUUGCAUGCGAUGAAUCCUCAAGCACUGGGCAUAGAUAGAAUUAGCAGAAAGAAUAGCAGUUCAGUUGACACACCUAGUAAGGGCAAUAUGAAAUAUACUAAGCGUCGGAUAUAUCAAGACAGAGAUACAACUAGCAGAAAUGAGAGGUCCGACAGACGACUGAGCGAUUAUAGAGACAGUUAA